UCUCGAAUCUAUUUAGACAAGCUUAGAGUGGAGUUGGCAGAGAAUUCGUAAGAGCGUCUCGCUGCGAAAUCACCUGCAGUCCAUCUAGUGCUUGCCGGCAAUUGCCAACGACCACCACAGUGAAUCAAAAAAGCACACCAACCUCCAACAUACUCGCCACAAGUGAAUCCUUCGACAUACAGUGGGGUUUAGUGAAUUCCAAAACUAUCGCAAAGGGGCCGAGUUAGUGGCUAGGGCCCUGCGGGGCCUCGGAUGAACUUUGGAAGCCCAGCAAACAGCCGACUGAAAAAUGGAACAAUUCGAGCAACUUUUAACAUGUGCCAUUUGUCUGGACCGCUACCGCAACCCCAAGCUGUUGCCAUGCCAGCACAGCUUCUGCAUGGAACCAUGUCUGGAGGGCUUGGUGGAUUACGUCCGGAGACAGGUGAAGUGUCCGGAAUGCCGAGCGGAACACCGCAUCCCCUAUCAGGGGGUGCAGGGUUUCCCGACCAACGUCACCCUUCAAAGAUUCCUGGAGCUUCAUAUUGAAAUAACUGGCGAACUCCCGGAUCCAACAAGUGGCCAAGUUAUGGAACGAUGUAACGUUUGCUCAGAAAAGGCGUAUUGUAGUUUUUGUUCCCACUGUGAUAAGAAAAUCUGUGAAGAAUGCAAGGGAGCGCACAUGGAAAUCCUCCGGCGGGAGAUCUCCCGGAUUAACAACCAGAUCCGGCGAGGCAUUCAUAGGUUACAAGACACUUUGUCUCUAGUCGAGAAAAACACCCAAAGUAUUCAAUCGAACUGCUCGUCGGUGAGCGAAGAAGUCGAGGAGAUUUACCGGAGGCUCUCCAAAGCCCUCAAAGACCGGACGGAAUAUUUACGAGGCGAGAUCGAUCGCUAUUUAGGAACGGAAUUAAGGAGUUUGACCAACUUGAAGGAGAACUUGGAGCAAGAGAUAUCCAACAUUUUGAGCAACUGCGACCUGGCCGACAAGCACAUGAACGAGAACGUGGACAUUUGGGACGACUGCGAGCUCAUGGACGCCAAAGAAAUCUUCCUCAAGACAGUCGAAUUCAUCCGGAACUUCGAAUACGAAAACACGGAUUACAGCAGGAAAAUUCGGCUGGUUUUAGCGCACGACCCAAAUCAACUCGUCCUGCACGUCGCCGGCUACGGCGAUCUAAACAUAGCCAAUCAGCACUUUAGUCAAGGCUCGGGCAUGUUGCAACCUCCAGGACCGGGCUUAAUGCGGUCCAAAAGCGACCACCGGCUAGCCUCACAGUUCAGGCAGCAGGAGGAAAGAGGGUAUGAGAGAGGUUACGGCGGCGACCAAGACGAGGCGCUCCUCGGAGGCCGCAAAUUCGGCGAAAGGCCCAAAACGGAGAGAUACGGUGACAGAUACCGUGGCACUGACUACGGCGAAGACUACGAUAACGACUCCAGACCGGCUAGGUCUAGGUACAGCCGCUUCAGGAGGCACGGCCAAGAUAACGACUCCGACGGGGAGCAACCGGGUCGUGGAGUCAGAUUCGAACCGCAGAAGGUUGAGCGGGAGAAGGUCCUGGACACGGAAGACGUGGCCAGAGGCCCCUUGAGCGGCAUCACCCGCCUGGCUGACUCGCCCCGCGUCAUGAAAAAGCUCCAAGAGAACGAAAGCGGCAAAAAGAAGGAAAAGGAGGCUCCUCCACCACCCGCCCCCCAGCCAAAAGUCGUACCAAAGCGGCCCCCGCCCCCCACAAACAGACAAGUAAGCGAAGAAGACGAGAUCGCUAAAAUAAAGAAACAGAAUAAAGGUGCCACCACCUCCACCGAAACAGAGACCCGGCCAGAGCGCACCGAAGAAAGACACUCAGCUCAGAGAAAAACCCCCGCCCCCGAGGCCAUCUCCAGCCCUGAAGAAUCCGACGAAUCUCUCACUUCCUUGCAACAAACACAGCGCAAAACCGCCGCCAGUAAAACAGGCGCGAGACGCGCCUCCGACGCUGGACAUAAAAAAUCCACGCGAUCGGCGAGCUCCGACUCGAACACUUCCACAGAAUCCACAGCUUCCUCAAACGCCAUUCGCACAACCGGGGCCCCGUUCACCACCGAAGAAGUCAAACAGAAGUAUCUCUCACGCGGGAGUGUCGACGCCACUCCCCGAACCCCAACCAAAGAACCAACCAAACCGUUCCAAAGCCGCUUCCUCCACAACAAAACCACGACACCGCCAUCCGCCACCAAAGACGACGACGAGACCGAAACCAGUUCGGAGGAGGAGACGGAAAGUGAGGAGGAAUCCGACGAGGACACCAAAAAACCAGACACCAAAGAAAUGGCGAAGACUGACAUUGGCCCCCUUUUGGCCCGCAGCGCGCACGCGAGGGACGGGAGCGCCGAAAACGCCCGGAAAAGCAGCCGGGACGAAACCUCCACGUACACCAGACCCAGGUACGGGGUCCCGAAGGAGGAAUCGCCCCCGCGGUCGCGCUACGCCCGGCGAACCUCAGGGGCGCAAGACGAGGAGCCCCCCAGGUACGGCUACACGAGCCGCUUCCUCAACAAGAGCAAAAGCUCGGCUGCCAUCCCGCCUGAAGAAGACGACCACAAGUACAGUUCGACGCUUGGCGACGACUCCGACAGUAAAUAUGGGAGCGGGCGGUCGCGCUACAUGGCCCUGAAGGAGCGGAGACAGAGGCUGGCGCGCAGUCGGAGCAGUCAGCAGUUUGGCGACGAAGAGGACGUCGAUGAGCCCAUCUCGCCGACGUCCUGCAACCCGUCCGCGUACUUGGCGUCGCGGGGGUACGGCUCCGCAGCAUCGUCAGGGCACGAUCUUGCGAGAAGUCGCUCCUCGCAUGCGUUGAAGUCGCGCGAUAAUUCGCCUGAUAGGUCGAACGCGACGGAGAAAGAUGGGGCCGCGUUGAGUUCUUGGGCGAGGUAUUUAAAGAACAAGUACGGGAAUAGGAACAGUGGCAAAGAUAAGGAAUCGAGUAGUUCGGUGACACCGUCGAGUAGUUCGACGACGGCGAGGAGACUGUCUCUUGGUCUCCCGCUGAGGUCGUCCACGGAGUUAGGGAGCUCGGACGACGACCAAAAAAACAUGCAAGGCUCCCCCACUACCCCUCCUACAGCAGCUACGGCGGCAGCCGGUAUCGCAGUGGCAGUGGCAGGUACCUCCCCUAGGAGUCAGUACUUGCAGAAAUGCCAACAGCUGUUCGAAAUUGGUAGUCGGGGGAGCGAAGCCGGAUGUUUCACCUGGCCUCGCGGCGUUGCCGUGGGCCCCGAUAACUCCAUCGUAGUCGCGGAUUCCUCCAACCACCGCGUCCAAGUCUUCGACUCAAACGGACGAUUCCUGAAAGAAUUUGGACAAUACGGCAACGGCGAAGGCGAAUUCGACUGUCUUGCAGGCGUUGCCGUCAACAGAAUUGGCCAAUUUAUCAUCGCCGACCGGUACAACCACCGAAUCCAAGUCUUCGACCCUUCGGGACGCUUCUUGCGAGCCUUCGGCAGCCAGGGCACCGCCGACGGCCGCUUCAACUACCCGUGGGGCAUCACCACCGACGCCCUAGGCUUCAUCUACGUGUGUGACAAGGAAAACCACAGAGUGCAGGUUUUCCAGUCCGAUGGUACCUUCGUGGGCAAGUUCGGCUCCAUGGGCAGCAAGGAGGGCCAACUGGAGCAUCCCCACUACAUCGCCGUUUCUAACACGAACAGGGUCGUUGUUUCGGACUCGAACAACCACCGAAUCCAGAUAUUUGACGUGAAUGGCAAAGUCCUGUCCUCCUUCGGGUCCGAGGGCUCGGACGAUGGUCAGUUCAAGUUCCCCAGAGGCGUUGCUGUGGAUGACCAAGGCUACAUUUGCGUUGCUGAUUCCGGAAAUAACAGAAUCCAGAUUUUCCACCCCGAUGGAACAUUUUUGCGUUCAUUCGGUUGUUGGGGCAUCGGCAAAGGCGAGUUCAAGGGCCUUGAAGGUGUCGCAAUGACCCCCAAUGGACACAUACUGGUGUGUGAUCGAGAAAACCACAGGAUACAAGUGUUUUAAAUCAAACCAAUUUAAUAAUCUAAUACUUUUUUCAUUUUAACAGUGUGUUAACGACUUACAAGCAAUAAAUACUUGCAUUUCUCAAA